UUUCACCAACAGGUCCUUUUAUAUUGGAAACUCCUAUAUAACCAUAACUUCACUCCUCACAAUUCUCCCAUUUGGAAUAAUAGAUACAUUACUGUUAGAAACAAAUCUUUAUUUUAUAAGGAAUGGUUAGAUAAAGGUAUUUGGUCACCAGUUCACCUUGUGGAUAAUACUGGCCAGUUCCUAUCUUAUAAUGAUUUCUGUCUUAAAUAUGGAUAUUUUACUAAUGUAAAAACAUUCAAGCUCGUUACCAAAGCUAUUCCUGAUUCUAUUCUGCACUUGAUUAAAGGUAUUGUAACAACAUCCACCAAUUUCACAUAUCCUCAACUUCCUCUAAUCUUAAUUGGUGACUGUAAUUUCAGAGAAAUUCCAAUUCAAAACAAAACUAUUCGAUAUUUAUUCAUUCAUAUCUUGUUUCCUUUUCAGUCUUACAAAAACUGUAUCUUAAAUUUCUUUCCUAAAGAUACUGUGCCUCUUUUGAGAGUGCAAUAUUUGAAGUUUCCUAUUCCACCUAAAAUGAAAGAGAUUCAUUACCGGACAUUUAAUGGUAUUUAUCCCUCUAAUGACUUUUUGCAUCAGCGUUUUGGAUUUGAAACUAACUGCUGUUCUUUCUGUAAUACUGAUAUCGAAACGACCGACCAUUUAUUUUUUCAUUGUAAUUUCUCUAGUACCUUUUGGCAAGAUGUUUUUAAAUAGUUACAACCUAGAUUUUCUCAGCUGGGAAAUUUUUGUCAGAAAGACAUUAUUUUUGGACUUAUACUGGACUGCAAAAACACAUCCCUUUUAGUGAACACUGUUAUAAUUCUUGGUAAAUCAUAUAUACACAAAUCCAAAUGUAAGAAAAUAUC